GUCAAGUCAAGCGGAUCCGACCCACGCCCAUCCAUGUCGCGUUUCUCGUGUACACCAAGUAACAACGGCAGCGCAUCAACAAACACUGUCUCUCUGAUGCCUAACACCAUUCUCUCACUCCCAUCGACACUCUCAUAGACUUCGCAAUCGGAAAAAAUCCAGUGGUGCUGCGGCUCACAUGGACCCGCAAUACCCGACCAAGCCGGCGCGGUCGUACGGGCCGCAGAUUAAAAUGACGAUUCAGCCCUCGCAGCACUCCGACAACGACCGGUCCAGCGGCGAGCUGCGCGCGCUGGAUUGCAACCUCACCGCCCUCUGCGACCACAUACAGACGGAGGGCUUCAAUUCCGGUGCCUUCUCCGAUAUGGUCGUCCACGCCAUGGGCUCCACCUACCACCUCCACCGCCUCAUUCUCUCCCGCAGCCCCUACUUCAGAAACAUGCUUCAUGGACCUUGGAAAGAAGCCAGUGCCCCUGUUUUAACCUUACAUAUUGACGAUAAGAAUGUUAACGGAGAAGCAAUUGCAAUGGCUUUGGCAUAUCUGUACGGUCACCACCCCAAGCUUAAUGAUAACAAUGCAUUUCGUGUUUUGGCUGCCGCUUCUUUUCUUGACCUUCAGGAUUUAUGUGCAAUAUGCACAGACUUCAUUAUAUCUGAAUUAUGGACUUCAAACUUCUUAGCCUAUCAGGUGUUCGCGGAGAGCCAAGAUUAUGGCAUACAUGGAGAACGGGUAAGAAAUGCUUGCUGGGGCUACCUUUGUCAAAGUGGUUCCAUGGAGUUGAAAGAGGUGCUUCCAAAACUUUCAGCUCAAACCCUGCUUGCAUUGCUGACCUCUGAUGAGCUCUGGGUACCCAGUGAAGAGAAACGGUUUGAGCUGGCAUUCUAUGCAUUCCUUGCAAAAGGUGCUCAAAGCAAACAGGAAGACUAUGAUCAUGGAAGUUCCAGUUCUGAGGCAGGAACGGAUACUCCAUCUGAUUCUUCUAACGCAAAGGGAAAGAAUCUGAUUGAUAGCUUCGCUAACAAAAGGUUGGAGUCUGAAGUCGGGCGCUUAACUAUAAAAGAUGAUGUAGAGGGCCAUAAUACUGCUCGUAGUCUUUUGAUAGAGCUUGCAGACUGUGUGGUUGAUUUCCAAACAAGAGUUUCAAAUUCCAAACAGCAAGUCCAACAAGUUGCGGACCCUCAAUCCAAUUUGGAGCCAGGAUACAACUGCAGCAUGGGUGGUCCUUCAUCAUUAAAAAAUUCACUAUCGGAAAUAGAUGUCAUGAGAACCUCAUGCUAUGCUGAAAUGCCUGUUGGUGUUGGAGCAAGUAGACUGGGGGCAAAUGGAGUGGCUAUGGAAGGGCCAUCUGAUGAAGGAUCAUGCUAUCACUUAAAUAACAACAGUUGGUUUGCCAGGGACCAGUCAAGGCAAUGCUCUUCAAUGAACUCUUCCACUAGUGAGCUCAUGCCAAAUGAUUGGGGAAGAUGUGGCAUGCCUCCUCUUUCAUGGGGUGGCAGGGUUGUAGGGAGAAGACAGGUUAAAGGUUAUGCUAAAGGGAACUUUGGGGUUGGUGGGGAGGAAUAUGAUGCAUUUGUUAAUAUAUUUGAAGGCGGAUCUCUUUUAUACUGCAAUAUGUCUUUUGAGGCACUUUUGAAUGUACGAAAGCAACUUGAGGAACUGGGGUUCCCCUGCAAAGCUGUAAACGAUGGUCUUUGGCUGCAGAUGCUUUUAAGCCAGAGAGUCCAAGAAGUUGGUGCUGAUACGUGCAAAAAUUGCUGUCUUACAAGUAUAGCGUGCAGUUGCAGACAGCAAUUUUCAUUCUCACAAGGAGUUACUACCGGAUACUACAUGCAAGAGCAUAAUCAGAAUAAUUCUCCUGGUGUAUAUGUUGCUGAGUCUGCUGCAGGUGAAGGAAAUGGUCUCUUUAGGCCUGUACGUGUGCAUGUCAGGGGUCCUAUUGAUGGGCUUGCUGGUAUCGGACGCGGAACUACAUUUGUACCAGCAACUGCCUGGCCUCCAACUCGGUUUGUCUUUUCCCGUGUGCCAUUUGGCAUGGGCAACAGAAAUUGCCAGCAGUCUCUUGCUAAUGAUGAUUCAGAGGCUAGAGCUGACCAUAAUGGGGACCUGUCUGGAGAUGGAUUAACAGCUUUAGUUGGGCUAAGCCAAGGAGGGAACAAUGUAGCUAAUUCUCAUGGGGAGCAAACAGAGAGAGGCUAUGAGAUGGAUAUGCAAAGCAGAAUGGCUGGAACGUCCAUGUCAGUGCCAAGUACUAGUGGUGUACCCAUUCAGAUGGUAGAGUCGUCAGACCAUGCGCUUGGGAUUGAGUGGGAUAAUGCAAGCAGUUCUUCCAUCUCAUUGGAUAUGAAAACACCUUUAAGUCACUUCCCUCCUUUCCGCUUUGGGGUGCAAUUUGAGGAUGUGCACAGGCUUAGUGAUGGCCAAGUGAAGCAUUCUUCAGAAGUCUUUUAUGCUGGUUCUUUAUGGAAGGUUAGCGUUCAGGCUUUUAAUGAUGAAGAUCCUCAAGGACGUCGAACACUUGGAUUAUUUAUUCACCGACGUAAGGCAGAGAUUACUGAUUCAUUCAGAAAGGUGCAGAUGUAUGUUGAUUCUCGUGAAAAGGUUACUGCCCGCUAUCAGUUAAUUUGCCCAUCAAAGAGGGAAGUCAUGGUGUUUGGGAGUUUCAAGCAAACAGGCACGCUUUUACCAAAAGCUCCCAAGGGCUGGGGAUGGCGAUCGGCUCUGCUGUUUGACGAGCUUGCUGAUCUUCUCCAAAACGGGGCCCUAAGAGUGGCUGCUGUUGUACAGCUUGUAUGAAUAAUGAAUUAUACAGAGAUAAAAGCCACAACCGAAUAAGUUGGCUUUCGACAUACGAGGUGACAAUUGGACCUUUUGCUGUGUUGACAAGUAGUUGUCUUUUGUUUAUUUAAGAUUCUCUUGCGAAGAAAUACUGUAUUGAGGGAAAGAAAGAGGGAAAUGUUUACACACCAUUUUUCUCCAUUUGCAUCCUCUGUUUGGUUUUGUUCGUUGAUUUUCUGUAUUCGUUUGAUCAAACAGUCGGUAACAGGCGUGGGGUGUGCAUGUGGAGAAAAAUGGUGUGUUAAAGUCCUUUCCCUUGAAAAAUUGUCUUUGUAUUAUUUUUCGAAUGUUUGAGUAAACAAUGUGUGCAGUGGAUUUGGUUAAGCUCGCACCUCAAAUGCUAUGCUAGCUAGUCAAAUAUUCACCUAUCUCGUUGUAUGUGUGGUGUUGUCCUAAGUGGACUAUGUAAUGUAUUUUAUCUGUUGGAUUACGGGUGGGCAUUUGAUACA